AAACAAUAACAACAACAAAAGUUCAAAACCUGAAAAGUGAACCAUGAAGCUCCAUGAAAAGGACCGAGGAGAAGACAAGGAAAGUGAUUCAGUGAAAAAGAAAUUGGGUGUGAAGCUACUGCAACUCCAGGGAAGAUGUACUUAUACUUGUAACACACCUGUAUCUGGUGACAGAGAUCAACACAAGUCCGUUUACCAAGUUACCAGGAAAGUGUGAAAUCGGCAAGCUGAACAUCAUUGUCUCCAUAGAGGUAUGAAAUGGAGGAUAAGGGUGUAGUCACCUGUUCGAGAUCACCCAGGACCCCACACAAGGGUCAUGUCAACAGACAGCAGUUCCCUCUAAGUAGACACUCUAUCUUUUCUUGGUGCUUACAUUAGGUGAGUCAAGGAUCGACUGUCUUGGUAUUUGGUGUAAUGAAGGAAGGGAUGUAGUCAUUUCAGACAUUCUGCUUCAAUGAUGCUCAAUAGAAAAUGCCCCUCCUUUUCCAACUCUUCCCUGCUAGAAAAUUUCCACCUUGCCCAAGACAACUUUCUAGCCUUAGGAAAUCAUCUGGAGGACAGUUUCAGGUCAGUUCCAGAAGUGAUGCCUAGCUACUGGAGCCCAUCCCUGAGCCAGGCUGGAAGAAGGCUAGGAAUACAAAGAGGCUUAGAAUUCUGUGGGUUUGCUGGGGCUGCCAGGACAAUGUCCCAUGGGCCGGGAGGCUUAAACAACAGAAAUGUAUUGUCUCACAGUCUUGGAAGCCAGAAGUCCAAGCUUAAAGUGUCAGCAGGUUAGUUCCUUCGGAAGCCUCCCUUCUUGGCGUCCGAAGGAAUUAAGCUGCUGACAUUUUCCCUGCACGCCUUCUCCCUGCAUCCUCACGUGGUCAUCCCUCUGGGUGCAUCUGUGUCCCCUCAUCUCCUCUUCUUUUUUUUUAAAUUGCAUUUUAGGUUUUGGGGUACAUGUGCAGAACAUGCAAGAUAGUUGCAUAGGUACACACAUGGCAGUGUGUUUUGCUGCCUUCCUCCCCUUCACCCACAUCUGGCAUUUCUCCCCAGGCUAUCCCUCCCCUGCUCCCCCCACCACUGUCCCUCCCCUAUUCCCCCCAAUAGACCCCAGUGUGUAGUACUCCCUUCCCUGUGUCCAUGUGUUCUCAUUGUUCAUCACCCACCUAUGAGUGAGAAUAUGCGGUAUUUCAUUUUCUGUUCUUGUGUCAGUUUGCUGAGAAUGAUGUUCUACAGAUUCAUCCAUGUCCCUACAAAGGACACGAACUCAUCAUUUUUGAUUGCUGCAUAAUAUUCCAUGGUGUAUAUAUGCCACAUUUUCCCAGUCCAGUCUAUCAUCGAUGGGCAUUUGGGCUUCUUAUAAGGACACCAGGCAUACUGAAUUACGGCCUCAUACAUAGGACCUCAUUUAAUCUUAUUACCUCUUCAAAAACCCUAUCUCUAAAUACAGCCACACUGUAAGCUACUGCAGGUGAGGACCUCAACAUGUCAGCGAAUCUGGGGGAACCCAGUCAGCCCACUGAGAUGCACACCGUCCCUGCCUGCAGUGAGCUCCUGUGCAGAGGGGAAGGCACAUGUGAGCAGAAGCACGUAGAGCACUGAGGCAGUGUGAGGUCAGGGAGGCUGCUGGGAGGAGGUGGCAAGGCAGCUGAGUGCUGAAGGGUGAGCACAGUUCAGGGGAGUCAGAAGGGAGGGCCUGAGCAAGGCCAGGAGAACCUGAAUGAGUAGGAGCUCCAUAAAGACAGGCAAGUGAUGAGUGACUGAAGGAACCAGUGAGUGUCAGAGCAGGUGGAACGUGCCCCAGCCCAGAACACAUGGGGAUGUUUGUCUUAUGACUUCGUCUAUGAUAGGAGUUGCUUCCUUUGUAGUUGCCUGGAGCUUGGGGCUGCUGGCAGUGUGGAAUGGGAAACUGGCCCUGGCUUUGGAGGCGGGCUCCUCUCUGCUCCCCCUGAACUUCAGCUGUUGUCCCAAAAUGUAGGUCUGAUAGCUCCUCUGAGGACUGGACGAUAUCAUGAAUGUGAAUGCACUUGGGAAAGUCCUGUGCAUGUGUAACAUGAGCUGAAGGUGAGGCAGGUGCUUUGGCUACCGGGAGCCCUGGUUAGCUGCCAUCUGUGUUUGGGAGAGACCCAUCCUCCCUCUUACUUUCUGUCCAGCUGUAGUUACAUAUUUGCAUUGACCACCUAAUUUCUGGCACCUUUUGAGUUUUCAAUCCCAACAGAGAACUAACUAUAAAACAAUUUUUAAUGAGAUGAGGGGUCACCUGAUCCAAUCUGAGCUUUAGCAAAAUCUGGUAAGGUCCCAGCUGUUACAGAUGAGGAAACAGGGAGGGUACAGAGAAGGUAGUCAGAGCAGUGGGAUGAUGAGGAGGAAAUGAGAUGAUGAAAAUGCAGUCCCCAUCAGGAUGGCACAGGGGCAGAGGGGCCCUCCAUGCACAGGGAUGGGGCUGUCCCUGCCCCUCCUCUGCCCACCUCCUGCACUUCAGGCACCAAACAUGCCCCACUGACAGUGUCACUCCCCCACACAGCAGGCAUCUGUUCCUGCGGGCCCUGGCUCCUUGACCUCUCACCCCACAUCCUUCUCAGUCUGCUCAGAAGCUGCCUCUUCCAGGGAAUCUCAGAUCCAGCUGAGAUUGGUGCGAUGCCUCCUCCAUGCUGUCCUGAGAAAUCCUCCACUGUUUCAGGUCAUGUUAUAAUCGAGGAUUUGCACAUCAGAAUGCCACUCUAGGCCCACCACUCAGUGAGGAAACCAGGCUGCAUGGCUGAAAUCCAGUUCAAGUAAUAGCCACUUCUCAGGGGCAUGCCUGACUCAUCAAUAUGCAGAAGGACAAGUAAACUGAAUGACAGAUGCACUCAGUACACCCCAGCCUAACUCCUGAGGGGUGGUUUUCCUUUUGGGAAGUCUUGGUUCCCCACUUGGUUUGAGCGGCCACAUUUCCACCACUGUGCACAUCCAGGCUGGAUGCUUCCACGUGCACUUCACAUUCUAGGUUCCUGGCAUGUCUGCCAUACUCCACACCUUUUAUUUUAGUGUAUGCUUUUUACUAAACCUACUUUGCUGGCUUUUCAGUCUCUCUUUUGUGGACUGAACCCUACCUUGCCUCCUGGGCAUCCUACAUUCACCAAGCCUGCCCCUGGCUCUGGCCCAGCCUCUGCUCUGCUCUGAUUCUGGGAGCAAACUGUCCUAGCCAAAACUGAAGGUGCUUCUCUGAUCUCUGAGGCAGCAUGGCCAUGCAAUGAAUUGGUUCUCACAACGCCCUGGUGCCUUCUCAGUGUGGUCCUUGAGCCAGCCUGGGGCUGGCACACAGGACGUGUUCCCUCAGACAAUGGUGAAUGAGCAGGAGAGAGUAAUGAGACCAAGAGGCGAAUUCUUUUUCUUGCAAACCCACAGCCCUUGCCUUUGUUCUAGACUGCGAGAUAGCCCGCGCUCAUUUCCAGCAUGCUGCUUGGGGCUGAGUGUUUUCUAUCUGAGCUUCCGAAGAAUUCUGCAGGACAGUCAGAGUGGGGUCAAUCUUCCAUUUUACAGUGGUAGAAGUGGCAGCUCAGAGAACAAAGUGACCUACCUGAGGACACACGGUUAAAAAGUGGAGGAGUCGGGGCAAAGCCCUACCCAGACUUCUGAGUCAAAGUCAGCCACCUCCCCAUUCUGUCCCAAGCGUUAGGGAGGUAACCUAGGAUAAGGGCAGUCACACUGCUCCAGGACUUGUUAAGAGAGAAAAAUAAAAAGAUGCUGAGAAAAAAAAUCCGCCCCCUGGUGGUGAUCCAGGAGAGGACAGAUUUCCCCUUUUGGACUCUUUCGUUGCUGUAAUAACUUAGGAGCAGGGAAAAAAAAAAUGUUGCCCCAUUUCCUGUUCAGGCAUGAUCAAAUUGCCACACUUCCUGUCGGAAACUCCCGCCCUUCUUCCUGUGGACUCUGCCUCCUUAUUCACGGAGAUGCCUUGGCAGAGUCCGGGGUCCCUGGGCUGAGCUAUCAGCUGGGUCACCAAGACCCGUGCCAAGUAAACAAAAUAUGAAUUCCAAGGAACUGGGCCUAGUUUCCCUCACAGACGACACCAGCCAUGCUGGGCCUCCAGGGCCAGGGAGGGCGCUGCCAGAGUGUGAUUACCUGAGGAGCAGGGUGCGAGGUGGGAGGAGAAGAAAGGACUGGUCCUGCUCGCUCCUCGUGGCCUCUCUCACCGGCGCCUUCGGCUCCUCCUUCCUCUACGGCUACAACCUGUCGGUGGUGAACGCCCCCACCCCGUACAUCAAGGCCUUUUACAAUGAGUCAUGGCAAAGAAGGCAUGAACAUCCAAUAGACCCGGACACUCUGACUCUGCUCUGGUCUGUGACCGUAUCCAUAUUCGCCAUCGGUGGACUUGUGGGGACGUUAAUGGUGAAGAUGAUUGGAAAGGUCCUUGGGAGUGGAGUGGAGGCUACCUGGGAAGGAAGAGGUGAGACCCAAUGCAGAAGACUGACACGCCUUGGCUCAGAGAAGGGAGAGCUCGUCCAGGUGCAGGUGGGCAGGAAGCGCACUUUGCUGGCCAAUAAUGGGUUUGCAAUUUCUGCUGCAUUGCUGAUGGCCUGCUCGCUCCAGGCAGGAGCCUUUGAAAUGCUCAUCGUGGGACGCUUCAUCAUGGGCAUAAAUGGAGGCAUUGCCCUCAGUGUGCUCCCCAUGUACCUCAGUGAGAUCUCACCCAAGCAGAUCCGUGGCUCUCUGGGGCAGGUGACCGCCAUCUUCAUUUGCAUUGGUGUGUUCACUGGGCAGCUGCUGGGCCUGCCUGAGCUGCUGGGAAAGGAGAGUACCUGGCCAUACCUGUUUGGAGUGAUUGUAGUCCCUGCCGUCGUCCAGCUGCUGAGCCUGCCCUUUCUCCCUGACAGCCCAUGCUACCUGCUAUUGGAGAAGCACAAUGAGGCGAGAGCUGUGAAAGCCUUCCAGACGUUCUUGGGUAAAGCAGACGUUUCCCAAGAGGUAGAAGAGGUCCUGGCUGACAGCCGCGUGCAGAGGAACAUCCGCUUGGUGUCUGUGCUGGAGCUGCUGAGAGCUCCCAAUGUCCGCUGGCAGGUGGUCACCGUGAUCGUCACCAUGGCCUGCUACCAGCUCUGUGGCCUCAAUGCGAUUUGGUUCUAUACCAACAGCAUCUUUGGAAACGCUGGGAUCCCUCCGGCAAAUAUCCCAUACGUCACCUUGAGCACCGGUGGCGUCGAGACUUUGGCUGCCAUCUUCUCUAGCUUGGUCAUUGAGCGCCUGGGACGGAGACCCCUUCUCAUUGGUGGCUUUGGACUGAUGGCCCUCUUCUUUGGGACCCUCACCAUCACGCUGACCCUGCAGGACCGUGCCCACUGGGUCCCCUACCUGAGUAUCGUGUGCAUUCUGGCCAUCAUCGCCUCCUUCUGCAGUGGGCCAGGUGGCAUCCCGUUCAUCUUGACCGGUGAGUUCUUCCAGCAAUCUCAGCGGCCCGCUGCCUUCAUCAUCGCAGGCACCGUCAACUGGCUCUCCAACUUUGCUGUUGGGCUCCUCUUCCCAUUCAUUCAGAAAAGUCUGGACACCUACUGUUUCCUAGUCUUUGCUACAAUUUGUAUCUCAGGUGCCUCCUACCUAUACUUUGUCUUACCUGAGACCAAAAACAGAACGCAUGCAGAAAUCAGCCAGGCAUUUUCCAAAAGGAACAAAGCAUACCCACCAGAAGAGAAAAUUGACUCUGCUGUCACUGAUGAUAAGACAAACGGAAGGCCUGAACAAGACUCCUCCACGUUGGACAAUUAUGUCAAAAACAGGAUUGUCUAAAUGGAUGAUCUCACUUUUCAGGAGACUAAAAAUUUAACCAUUAUUGGGAGGCUUAAAUGAAUUGGAGCUAUGCAAGUCUUUUACAUUAUUAAGUAUUUACAAGUAAACCUGUACUAAUCUAA